GAAACGAACUCCACGGUGGUCAGACGGCUGGUAGAAGAAGAGAACGUAGGUGUCUGGCAGUCGGAACAUGUCUUGCAACGGGAGGCGCCGUGGCACUUUACUUCUACAGCGAUACAACGAGCGGUGGUGGCAGGAAGAGGAUGGAGAGGCACAGCAUCAACGAUUUGACAUUACUGCCAUCCAUCCCGACCGUUAAAGCUAAGGAGAAGGCACAGUCGUUCGACUUUGACGAUGGACAGGUGCACAUGUCAUCCCAUGAGCAACGCUUCCGUAUGUUCAGUUCAGUGGAAUAUGAAGGGCAGCUGUACAUGACUCCACAAAACUUUAUUGAGUCUGUCACCAUGAGCGAACCAAGACACAAGAGGCCCUGGAGAUCCCUGACCAAACAGGAGUUGGAGAAGAUCCUGUCAGGAACUCCCCCAGUAUGGCGAGGAUCCUCCAAACUGUUCCGCAACUUGAGAGACAGAGGCAUCAUCUCAUAUACAGAGUACCUGUUCCUGCUCUGCAUCCUGACAAAACCCCAUGCUGGCUUCAAGAUUGCUUUCAAUAUGUUUGAUGCAGACGGUAACCAGAUGGUGGACAAGAGGGAGUUCUUGGUGCUUCAGGAGAUCUUCAGGAAGAAAAAUGAGAAAAAGGGAAGGAAAGGGGACGCUGAGAAGUCAGCACAGUUGAGUAUGCAGCUGUAUGGAUAUCAGGUUGCCCCCAUGAACAGCGUGCUAAAAAAAGACAGUCAGGAGUUUGUGGCGCGGAGUUACUGGGACGUUCUGAGACGAAGCGCCAGUCAAGUCCUCUUUUCUGACCUGGCAGAGGAUUUUACGCUUGAGCGAGCAGAUGAGAGUAUUACGAUUGACACCACCCUUCUGGUCCAUUUCUUUGGGAAGAAAGGAAAAGCAGAGCUUACCUUCGAUGACUUCUACAGGUUUAUGGAUAACCUGCAGACUGAGGUGUUGGAAAUUGAGUUUUUGACCUACUCUAAAGGAAUGACCACCAUCAGUGAAGAAGACUUUGCCAAAAUCCUGCUACGCUUCACCAAUGUGGAGAAUAUAAGCUCCUACCUAGAGAAUGUCCGCCAGUGUAUACCGGACGAGAAGGGAAUCACCUUUGAUGAGUUCAGAUCCUUCUUUCAGUUUCUCAACAACCUUGAAGACUUUGCUAUUGCCAUGCAAAUGUAUAAUUUUGCUGCUCGCUCGAUUGGACAAGAUGAGUUUGCAAGAGCGGUGUAUGUAGCCACAGGACUGAAGCUGACGCGUCACCUUGUAAACACCAUCUUCAAGAUCUUUGAUGUAGACCACGAUGACAAGCUCUCAUACAAAGAGUUCAUCGGUAUCAUGAAGGAUCGGCUGCACAGAGGAGCCAGGGGCUAUAAAGCUGUGGAGCGUGCCACCUCUUUUAGAUCCUGUCUGAAGAAGGAGCUGGCAAGCAGUAGGUGAAGGGCCAACAGCACACCUCCUUCUCCAGCUGUGUUCACUCUGAGGCCAGAAGACAAGUGCACCAGCUCUGGAGGAGGUACAAGGAGAAACCUUAGGGGAGAACACAGAUAGAGAGCAGAAAAAAUAUGGAGGAGGAUUAAAAACCAGCCUGAUGACAGAAUAAAUUGGACUGAGCUCUGAGUUUUAAAGUCAGAGACCUUAGUUAACAGCAUUGUGUUUUAGAGGACAGAUCUCCAGUGGACAUCCAAACUCUACAAGCAUGAUCAUACACAGCUGAGUGAUACUUUCUAUGGUGAUAAUGGGCAGUGUCAUGCUUUUAUGGUUCCUCUUUUCUCAGUAAUCUUGAUCUGAUGUCAAACAAUCAAAAUAUGAUUUACAGCAUAUGAUGACAAAAUAGAACUGACCAGCCUAACAUGGUUUUCAUUAUUUUUUAUUUAAUACCAAUAUUAUAAUAAUGUGACUAUGCAAGUUUUAGCUCACCCAGUGUCAGCUGGGAUUGGCUCUAGCACCCCCCACAACCCUAUUCAGGAAUAAGCGGUAUAGAUAACUGAUGGAUGGAAGUUUUAGCAUUACUGAAUUACCAUUUGAAUGAUAUCUUUACUUAAUGACUCAUGUCUCUUUUAUUCCCUUCAGAGCCUGAAGUGGACAGAGAUCAUGUGAUCAAACUAUAAAAUGUGUUGUUUUUUAAGGAAUAAUAAUGAAACUGAUGCACUACAAACUGUAACAACUGAAGGAGCACAACAAUAAUUAAAUACCAAAAUGUAUAAAAUUUAUAACA